CUGAAAUUCUCCAUUAGAGUGAACCCUAUCAGAAUUCUGACGGCUUAGAAAUUUCUUAUCUCAGUGAUAAGUCUGUUUUCAGAGGAAGCCGCUAGAAAAUGUGGAAUUGAGAAAAAUCAGGCUACUCAAACAUAAUUUCAACAGUGCUAGCUAGGAAAGUGAACGGUGCUUAGUUUAGUUUGGUGGAUUUUAACUUUAAUCCUGUGGAAUUUACAGCCUGUAUUAAAAAGUUUCGUAGCUGUUUCGUAGAAGUGGGUCUGUAGCUUGGACAGACAUGAGCACACUCGAGGAAAGACGCGCGCAGCGCCAACGCAGGCGCCAAAUGGAAGAGGAUGUGGGUAGCGAGGCGACCAAGUCAGCUGACCAGGUGCAUGCUGAGGUCCAGGAGCGGUUGGCACGGAGACGGCGAGAGCGGGAACUGCAGCUGGCUGCCGUGGGUUCCGGUGCUGGUGACACAGAUAUAUCUUCAAGCGACGACUACAGUUCUCGUAGAAAUCGCCACCCGCGGUGACGACAACGACACACAGGAUACAUCCAGUAGCUACAGUAGCUCCCGAACACGUCGCCAUAGAAACUGGGAGGAGGACACUCCUGUUGUGAACGAUAUAUCAAGUGCUACAGUUGACACUUCUGCGGAGGACAAGGUCGCAGAUCGUCGACGUCGUCAACAAGAGGAGGAAGAAGAGGAGGCACGUCGUCAAGCAGAGAGGGAGGCAGAGGAGGAAAGGCAGAGACAGGUGGCCCUAGAGAGGCAGGCAGCGCAAGAAAGGCAGCGCGAAGAGGCAGCCAGGAGGCGCGCUGAGCAGGAGGAACGAGAUCGCAGAGAGGAGGAGGAAAGACGACGUAAGCCCAUCCAAGAUGACAGCUUUGAGUCUGGAUCACUCAAGAGCUUUGAUGAUGGGGACGAUAACCCACAGGAUGAAAACAAGCUUUUCAUCGAUGAAGAUGAUCAAGAUGAAGAAGACAGUGUUGGAAAUGAAAAGGGUACCAGAAUAGUGUUCAGUAACAUAUCUGUGGAUAAAAAUGAGGAUGCAAGUUGCUUCAAUGAUGAUUCUCAUGAAAUUAAAGUAGAUAGAAGCGUCAGUGUAUUAUCUGAGAAGUUUUUGUCUGAUAGAGUGAAAGUUGAAGAAAAGCUUACAACAGAAUUAAGUGUAAGUGUGAGGGAAGUGAAUAAUAACAAAAUAAAGGAUAAGCUUGAGCUAUUUGAGCACUUAAAAGAGGAGGGUGAUACAGUAGGGAGGAGAACUGAGGGUGAUACAGUAGGGAGGAGAACUGAGGGUGAUACAGUAGGGAGGAGAACUGUGCUCCUGCCUUUAACUGAUGGUGAGGGGUUGAAAGGAAAGCUUGCCAAGUUUGAACAAGAGAUCAGGGACCAAGAGAAAGGGGCUAAGGAGGUUCCUGCUGUGGCUGCAAGGGCCAAAAAAGAGUUUGCUACACCUAAGCCACGGAAGCUCUCGCAGAAAGUUUGGCAAUUUGAAUCUGCAAGAAAAUCACUGUCUGGAAUAAAGUCCCAGGAUGUUAAGUUUGAGCUAGAGAAGCUAGGCGGCAGUCAGGGGCGUAGGAAGGCCAUGUUGGGUCGCUGGAGUGCGAGUGAGACCCACAUCAAUGUGAACAACAAACCUGACACUAGAGAGGCAAAUGCAAAGAAGAAUGUUCUAGAACGAUGGAAGUCUGUAGAGAAAGGCACACAGGAAAAGGAGCCAGUAAAAUCUCCAUUGGAGCGCAAAGAGAGUCUGCAGAAACGUCUGAGCGGCAACACUGAGUUCAUCGCCUCGCGGUAUGUCGAGAAAGCAAGCAAGAGUAUCGAUGAAUCGGCAAAUCUUCCUUGCAGUCCAGAACCUGUUAUGCAGUCUCCAUUGUCCCCUGGAGCAAGUUUCAAAUCUGAGUUGGUGCGCCAAGAAGUUUUGUAUGGUUCAGAUGAAAGUGUACCAAAAGAGCGUAAGUUUUCAGUGGAGAUCACCAUUGUACCCUCGAAGUCAAACCUGGCGUCUCAAUGGCCAACAACUCCUAAUAGUAAUGCAACAAAGGGACCUGACUUUGAGAAACCUACUCCUGAUAGUAAAGUAGCAAAGGGACCUAACUUUGAAAAAUCUACUUCUGAUAGUAAAGUAGCAAAGGGACCUAACUUUAAAAAAUCUACUUUUGAUAGUAAAGUAGCAAAGGGACCUAACUUUGAAAAAUCUACUUCUGAAAGUAAAGUAGCAAAGGGACCUAACUUUGAAAAAUCUACUUCUGAUAGUAAAGUAGCAAUGGUACCUAACUUUGAGAAACCAGGACAAGAAGAUACUGCAGAGGAAAGUCUUGUUUGCCUGCCACAAAAGAAAAAAGUCACUGAUCGAUGGCCACAUGGGGAUGAAUUGACAGAAGCACGUGGAUUAGGAGCGCUGAAUGGCAGGGGUGGCCAUAGUCGGGAAUCAAGUAUGGAUAAAGCCACCAGUCAGCAUAGUCGAGAAUCAAGCAUGGAUAAAAGUGUUCAUAGCACAGAUUCCAGUGUCGAUACCAAUUCUGAGUAUCCACAGUCCAGAUGGUCACAAGAACCACACGAAGAAGAGGAGACUGAGGUAGAGAGGAAGCAGAAGGAGGAGGAAGAAGCAAGACAAGCCAAGAUGGCCGAAGAUGACUCCAAGAAGAAGAGGGGCAAGAGGAAGGGGCUGGGAGGCCUGACCCCUGAAAAGAAGAAGAAACUCAAGCAAAUUAUUAUGCAAAAGGCAGCGGAGGAUCUUAGGAAAGAAGCCCUCGCUAAGGCCCAAGAAAAAGAGAAAUUCAUUAAUGAACGUGUGGGCCCGUUCAAUGUUGAUGGUUUAGGGGAAGAGGAGCUCCGGAAGUUCAUCAAGAAACUGCACGAGAAACUUGCUCAGAUCCACUCCGAGGCUUAUGACAUUGAGUUCAAACUGAACAAACAAGACAAGGAAGUGGCCGACCUGAAUAUGAAAAUAAGCGAUAAUAAGGGCAAAUUUGCCAAGCCUGUUUUACGUAAAGUAAAUAAAACAGAACAGAAGUUUGCGGCCAUAUCCAAAGAGCAGAAGAAAGAGCACUCCGACUUCAGAGAGACGUUAAAAUCUGUCCACGAUGACGAUGAGAAUUAGUUUAGAAAAUAAUAGAGUCCUAUUGACUGGCCAUUAGGAGUCACAUGGUACCAGGCAAGAUGGCCGACUCAUCUCAUCAUGAAGUGAAGACCAAUCUUCAUUCUGAUUGGUCAAUACUUCUAGUAGUUUAGUGUUAAAUAAAAAAAGCUGUAAAUUCAACAGUUAUUUUUAAAAAAUUGGUGAAUAAGAUUCACCAACACUUUUUCUUGUUAUGUUCAAGCAUGUGGGUUAAGUAAUAUAAUUAUUUGUUGUGGUGUGGAUUACCUUUCGCAAUAGUCUUUUUCGUAUGUUAAUGAAAAUUGAACAUGACAUUUCUAUCAGAAUAAUAUCAGGUUGGAUAAUUAUUUAUUUCAUUUGCUUUAUGUUAAUGUAAUUGUGGGCAUUGAAUUUUCUGCUAUUUGCUUAACAAAUGUACUACCGGUUCUUCUUUAGUAAGUGUUUGUUAGGAUGUUUAAAAAUCUUUUUUUUGCCAUAAUAUAAAUAGUGUAUGUUAAAUCUUUUUUCGGAACACUUAAACUGGCUAUUAUAAUCCUACUGUGUAUAUUUUAGUGCUUUACAAUUAUCUAUUUCUAUUAUAUUAUUUAUAUGUAACUUAUAUACAGAUAAUUAUGUUUAAUAAAGGUCUAGUUAUAUGGACGAAGAAAUGAGCCUCGUUCUAAGAAAACUGGGUAUACCCUGGUAAUGCAUGUGCUUAAAAUGUCCUCCCAGAUAUGGGACCAUCUUUUACGCUUUAUGGUAUUUUUUGUUUAAAGGAAUUCUCCCCUUGCAAAAAUCCACUUUAGGCGGAAAGUGUUGUCCCUGAUUAGCCUGUGCAGACUGCGCAGGAAAUCUGAGAGGACACUUUACGCACAAGUGUUUAGGCUUAGCCCAGUUUUCUCAGCACAAGGCUAAAAUUGUUAUCUACUACUUCACAAGUUUUGUGGAGGCAUAUCUCUGUUAUCUUAAUAAUGUAUUUAUGCAUAACUAUAUUAGAGAAAGUGUACUAGUCAAUAUUUCAAUGAUAUUAGCUUAUGUAGUUUAGUGUAAUUAUGCAAGGGAACAUGUUAAGUAGUGUAACUUAACAAAGAUCUUAUAUAGCAAUUGGAUUUUUGAUAUUUUCUCCAUAUAACAGUAAAUGUUGUGAAAGUCUAUGUAUGAAAGUUUUGAAAAAAAGCAAUUUUUAAGUAAAUGUUCAGAUUUUUUAUACAGCAUUACAUAUAAUGACUGUUAAGCGAUAUUAACUGAUGACUGCUGUUUGUAUCAUAAAAAUGUUUACUGAAAUAAGGUAAACAGUUUUUCUUUGAAGGGUCUGAAAAUGAACAUAUGCCACGUUUUCUUCCUGUUGUUUUCUCCAUCAUUUCACAAGGCAUGUUAACUUUUUGAUGAUAAAGCAAAUGAAUGUAAGAGUGGCUUGCAAUUGUUUCGGUCAUUUUGUAAGCAAAGUAUUUUAAUAACUUUUUUGCAGGAUAAUGAGAGUGCUUCAUGCAGUGUUUUUCGUGUGAGUCUUAGUCGGGGAAAUUUGGGCCAAAUGCAUAUUCCUAAAGCGUUAUCACAGAUUAGCCUGUGCAGUCAGCACAGGCUAAUCAGGGACAACACUCUCAGCUUGUAUGGAAUUUUUUAAAUAUUAAGUCUUUUCUUAAUGAAAGUCCAUUUUAGGCCAUAAGUGUUUUCCCUGAUAAGCCUGUGCGAACUGCACAGGUUAAUAUGGGACUAAACUUUACGAACAUGUAUUAUGCACUGUCUUUUCAGAACUAGGCUUAUAUGUUCAUAUCAUGUCAUUUUUUUUCGAUCAUGUGAUAGAGGUGCUUUGUUGGCCGUUUUUCAGUCAAACAGUUUGUUAGUUCUUAGAAGUUUGAAAUUUUUCCAAAAACGCUUAAAUACAAUUUUGAAAUGUCUGCAUAAAAUAGGCAUUUGUUGAGUAUGCUAUGUUUAAUACAUAUUCCCUGCAGUUUGUUACCAAUUGUGUGAUUGUACCUUAUUUAUAUAGUAACCUGUGCCAGCAUAAUAAAAAUGUUUGGUAUUUUAUUGGGCGUUCCAGGAACUUAUUUUUUACUUGCAGUUUUUAGCUUACCUGAGCAUCUUAGUGAAAACUUGUUAACGCUUUAUUAGCCACAUUUAUUGGCCACUUUUCAUGAAACUUGGUCCAAACAUUUGUCCCAAUUAAAUCUCUACUGAGAUUGAUCAUGUGAGCCGAAAAAGUAGGUCACUAGGUCAAAGCAUGUUAAUACUAAAACCCAAUCUUCAUGAAUCAGCUCACACUUUAUCAAUAUAGUCUUAUUUCCUUUGGGUCUCAGGUGAGCGCCAUAGGGCCCUAUGCGCUCUUGUAAACUUUAUUGAAUAAACUGACAGCAAUUAUAAUAACAGAAAUAUUUUUUAGCUCUGUAAGCGUUUGUGUUUUUAGUUAAACAAUAAUAAGGAAUGUUAAAAACAAAAAAUGUUUUGUCAAAGUUUUUAAACAUUUCUAAACCUCAGAAGUUAAAGAGUGUAAAACAAAUCGAGUGUGACCUAUCCAAAAUUUACAAUGACAUUGCUCCCAAAAAAUGGCACGUAUAAAUGCAAAGCUCAAAUCAUUAACAUUGUCACAUUGGUAUCAACUGCAACAACAGAGCACUAAAGUUUGUACAUUUUAUACUUACAUGUAUGUAUGUAUAUUUAUUUAUACCAAAUACCUAUGCAGUGUAAACAAAUGUACUUUUGCUAAGACAACAUUUUUUAGUAAAGUAUAUCCCACUAGAUUAUAUGUAUAGUCACAUAUGUCAAUUGUCAAUAUCGUUUAAAACGCUGGUCUCCCAUACAGACCAAAUUAAAGCUAAAUUAACAUGUGAACAACACUGUUAGGUAGCCAGACAACAAUUUAUGCGUUUUGCAGCUUCAUUCUAGCUAUUUGUACAGCAAUUUUAAUUAACAAUUGAUACCUUCUAUUUUUUCUCUUUGUUUAACCCUUUACCACUUAGAUACAUAUUUUGACGCAUUUGUAGUCCCUUAGAAAGUUGUACUUUAUUUAAGAUCUUUUUUUACUAGAUUCAAGUUUUUAAGGCUUCUUGUCGAACCCUUAGAUACUGAUGAAGAGCAAACAGCAUUAAACCUGAACAGACUGCGAGUUACUCGCAGGCUGUUCUGGUUUUUAUGUUGUUUGCACAUAGCCAUGUUCACCUUGCUUCUGAGUGGGAAAGGGUUAAUGCCUGGUCUUAUGAAAACUCAAAUAAACUCAUUCCUCUCCAA